UCCCCUCAAAUGGCGGCUACGAUUCUGAAAGGGGGAAGAAGGAAGAUCGAUCGAUCGAUCAUGAGAAAGCAAGUGCUAUCCUUAACGGAGGCCGCGGCCUCUAGAAUACGCCACCUCCUCGAGCAGCGCCGCCGCUCUUUCCUGAAGCUCGGCGUUAAGGCUCGCGGCUGCAACGGCUUAUCCUACACCCUUAAUUACGCCGAUGAGAAAGGGAAGUUCGACGAGUUGGUCGAGGACAAAGGAGUAAAGAUUAUAAUCGAUCCAAAAGCACUAAUGCAUGUCAUUGGAACCAAGAUGGAUUUUGUAGACGACAAACUCAGAUCUGAGUUCAUAUUCAUCAACCCGAACUCAGCCGGGCAGUGUGGCUGUGGCGAAUCGUUUAUGACUGUAAGCAAAUCGGAAGCAGCUAAGCAUGCUGGCAGUGGUGGUACGUCUGGAACUUAAAUACUAUUUCGACUUCAUUUACGGCUUCUAACAACUUUUGUGUGUAUUAUAGUUAAUAAUCAACUUUCUAUA